UAUCAAUCACAUUUUCGAAUUAUCAGAUUUACCCAAAAGGCCAUUAAAGUUACACGACCGAUGGUAAUGACAACUGUAGCAAUGGCUACUAUUUCCGUCGUUUUUGGUGCCGUUCAUGUCAUAGGGAAUGAACCAUUGGAAGUCAAAGCGCAAUUUGUGGGCCUCAACGUGGGAUACGGUCUCGAGCUGUACUUAAGCGCUUGGGCAGCAGAGAACUUCAUGAAGGCGAUGGAAAACGUUAAAUGGGCCAUUUACGAUUCUUGCUGGACUCAAGGCCCACGAAGAACGACUCGAUCACUCAUUAUUGUCCUGCAGAAAUUAAAUAGAAUACCAAAAAUUAGUGUUGGAGGAUUCAUUCCAGAAUUAUCACUGAAUUAUUACGCCUUGUAUUUAUCUAAGACGAUGUCGUUCUUCACAACGCUGCAUAUAAUGCUUCAAAAAAUGGAAGAAUCAGUUGAAGAGACUCGUUUCAAUGAUUCUCAAUAA